AUGUUGACGCCUUAUAACUCAUCCUCCCAGCACAUCCUCGACUCGGACGGCAUGCGUGAAGGCAUCCUCCCUUGCACUCCUGUCAGUACUCUGCGAGGUUCAAGCCCCAUCCUCAUUGGUGAGCCCGGUUUUGGAACGUCCGCCAUCGCAGAAGGUCUCGCGCAGCAUAUCUUCAACCACGACGUACCCGCUUCGCUCCUCGGCCGCCUCUACUCGCUCGACAUGGGUGCGUUCAUGGUCGGUGCGAAGUUCAUGAGCGAGUACGAAGACCGCGUCAAGGCCGUCCUCAACGAAGUCGAGAAGGCCGCCCAGGAGGGCACAACUGAGUAUAGGCAAUCCAUCGAGAAGGACCCGGCGCUCGAGCGGCAGUUCGCGCAGAUGCUCGUCAACGAGCCGUCCGUUCCUGAGACGAUCCCUCCGUGGAUUCGUGACAACGACCCUCGCCCACCACUACCUCACGUCAAGACCAAACUUCAGCCCCUCCAGGUGCAACAUGAGGCGGAGAAGGCGCGCGGCGAAGAGAUCCAGAAUGUCUGCCAGAAGAUGGACGAGCUCAAGACCAAGGUGGACGAAGCCAAGCGGUGCUACGACCUCCACUACGCCCCGCCCGACCUCCAUGCUCAUCUCCAGCAACUCAAGGUGAAGGAGGUAGACGACCUCGGCGCCACGUUCCUCAACGGCAUGGGCGACAGCCCCGCCAGACCCGAGACGCGCGAACUGACGCGCGAACUGAGCCCCUCGUAUACCCAAUGA